GUAGGGAGGAGAAAUGAAGGGGCCAGGGAAGCUGAAGGUAUAGGAAUGGAAGGAAAUGAGGAAGAGAAGCUCACUGAAAGCGAUCUGAGUAAAAUAAGAGUUUGUGCCAGAAUGAGACCACCUUUUUAUGAUGAAACGAAAGCUCAGAUUUCAAUGUCGUCCUCCCUCGGCUGAAUAGAGAUCAAGGACACUUCUAAGCCAGCACCAGUCAACAGCGCACCCAAUGCUAAAAAUGGAACAGAAAGGUUCAACAGUACUCCUUCUACCACAAGUGAAAAUUCAGGGAAUUUUGGCAUUAAACGAAAGCAAACCUCCAUUGGGGUCUCUAAGAGAUACUAUCUUGACGAAGUAUUCGCUGAAACAGUGUCUAAUAGACAAGUCUAUACAAAAUUCUGAAAAGAUUUAGUACAUAGAGUCUGCAAUGGAUACAAUGGAACUAUUUUUGCCUAUGGACAGACCUCAUCUGGGAAGACCCACACAAUGAUCGGCAAAAAGACAGAUCCUGACAGCAUCGGAAUUGACUGCCUCGCUAUUCAACAAUUGUUCGAUUUUGCUGAGGAGAACGAAUCUUCUGAAAUCACAAUUUGGGUCUCCUAUAUGGAGAUUUAUAACGAGGUUAUCAACGAUUUAUUGGAUAAAGAGGGAACUAAUCUUAAAAUUAGAGAAGAUACUUCAGGUACAAUGGGUGCAUAUGUUGAAGGACUCACUAGUUUGAAGAUACAAAAUUAUCAAGAAUUCAUGGAUAUUUUUGAACGAGGCGAGAAAAUUAGAAAUUACGCCAAAACUAAGCUCAGUGAGAAGUACACUGACGUGUACUCCUCGAGGAGCCACACUAUCGUGAGACUGAUGGUUCAGAAUAAGCCAAAUAAUGCGAAUUUUGUGAAAGAUGAUGAGAAAACUUUGCAUUUAUCUUACAGUGUUAAGUAUUCCAUACUUAACCUUGUUGAUCUUGCAGGGAGCGAACGUUUGUCAGAUGUCGGAAUGAAUAGGACUCUAGAAACGUCACACAUAAAUACUAGCUUAUUCGUACUAUCUAAAGUAAUAAAUUCACUCGCUGAGAAGUCUAAGAGUACUCAUAUUCCUUUUCGGGAUUCUAAGCUCACAAAGCUAUUGAAGAAUUCUCUUGGAGGAAACUCGAUGACGAGUGUGAUAUGUACGGUUAGCCCUAAUUUCGACCAUCUGCCAUUGACAAUAUCAACACUUGAAUUUGCCAAAAGAGCAAAGAAUAUUAAAGUCAAAGCAAGGGCUAAUGAAGUCAUUGAUGACCAUGAUAUUGUCCAAAAUAAGCUGUAAGUUUUCUGACAAAUCUUUG